ACCAGCCGCAGUAUAACCAGACUUACAGUAAACCGAUGAAUGACUAUAAUCAGCAGCAGAAUAAUCAGUAUCCUAGCCAGCAGUAUCAGAACCAGAAUCAGCAGUAUCAGGAGAGGAGGUAUAGUAACCAGAUGCAACAGCAGCAACAGCAGCAGCAGCAGAAUCAGUUUAAGAAUCUGAACCAAUACUCAAACCAACAACCGAAUCAAACACAGUACACCAACCAGAAUCAGCAAUCCACGAGCCCCUAUGGAGCCCAACCGAGUAGACCUUAUGAAAGUUUCUCAAACGGUGGAGAUGUCACAUCACAUUAUACCAACAUGUCGAUGAACACCAAUAAUAGACCCAUGUCAGGUGAAGGUGACGCCAGACUAAUGCCUUUAAAAUCGCCCCCCAUAGAUGAGAUGGCACCCCAAUCGAUUUCCUUCAUCGGUGAUGAGAACGAAGAGGAUAUCCAAACAACUAGUCGUAGCCCGUACAAAGAUCAGAAUAAUGAAAUGGAGGCCUUAUCCAGGAAUAUCAAUUCUCGUCUUCACAUCACAUCAGGAAGCAGGACUUACAGGAUACCCAGUCCGACGAGGCCUAGUGUUUUACCUAAGGACAAUCAGAAUUCGAUUAAUGAAAAAGGUUUCUAUAUAUCAUUCGAAGACAACGACAACAAACAGCCUAAACGACCAAAACCUCCACUCAGAGCCAAAAGAACACCUUCGACAACACAAAGUCAACAGCAUAGUAAUAACAACAGUAUGCAGAACAACAAUACGCAUCAAAUGGAAACCAAAACUAAUGAUAAAUUCAAUAAGGAUGUGGAGAUGCUGGCUGCCGAAUUGGACAGGGAAAGAGUUAUUGUAAGGGAUAAGAGGGAAACUUUAAGUGCCGAGCCAAAUAGGAAUACAAAUCAAAACGAUGUGAAUCGAGAUAAAAGUCACGAUCAACCUACACCAGCAGCACUCAUCAUAGGAACUGAUCUUGCCAACCCAGAUCCGGAUUCUGUGGACGAAAUGGAAAGAAAGAAAGAAAAGAUUAUGCUACUUUCCUUAAGGCGCAGACAGAAGCAGGAUGAGGACAGGGCCAAACGGGAAGCUGAUUUGGAGAGGGAAAAGGAAAAAGAGAGGGCUGCCGAAGAAGAAAAAUCGAGGCGGAAAGAAGAACAAGCCAGGAGGAGACAGGAAAUUUUGGACAGGCAUAGGUUGAAGAAGGCUAUCGAGGAGGCCGAGAGAGAGGGUAAGGUGAUAGACAAGAACGAGCUCAUGCACUCUCUGAAGAUCACGACGCCAUUGAACGCCGCCAAUCAGACGAGCACGACACCCAGGCUCAGAACCAAAACUAAUAGCUCGAGUAGUUCCACGAUAGGCAGCGCAGCCGGUGGCAAACCUAGACAACGUCCUAAGACAAUACAUAUCGAUUCUCAGGAAAUAUCUGAUAGUUUGGCUCUGGUCAACAGUCGGGGGAAGAAGGGAUCGAGCAGUAAUCUGUCAGGCAUAGGAAGUCAAUCUGGGGGCACCAUCAGGAGGGAUUACUACAGGGGCUCGCAAGACAGCCUGUCUUAUCGAGAAUCUCCUGAGGAUGCACCUAGCAGGUCAACGAGUCAAGGAUUGGGCAGACGAGGCUCGUAUAAAACUUCUAGAGAAAAUCUAAGCAACAUUCCGCAAGCCGGUGGUGCGUCUUCGACAUUGCGCGGAAGGACGAAAUUUCAACCGACUUAUCAAUAUCCUUCGUCGAAUUUCAAAGGAAGAAAGUCGAAUUCGUUAAUGAACCUUUGCGAUACCGAUUCUGGUCUAGGCAGGGCAACGCCUCCUCGAAGGGCUCCUUCACCAGGUGUAAGGCAUCUGCCUUCGCCUUCAGGUGGCCUUGGUCCAGGUUCUCUUCCUCCGUCUCGAGGUUUAUACAGUAGUGGUCGAAGAGGAGGCCCUGGAAGCAGUGGAGGAUUCGAUGAUGCAGCAAGCGAUGUCAGCAGUGCUGCUGGAAGCCUCAUGAUGGAUCACUAUAAUGGUCCAAGGCUCUACAAACAACCCCUGGCCAAAAGCAAUCGUAACAUAAUGCUGAAUGCAGUCGAGUACUGUGUCUUUCCUGGUGCUGUCAACGAGACAGCCAAACGAAGAGUCCUGGACGAGAUGAUGAGAUCCGAGUGCAAACAUUUCCUGAUACUCUUUCGUGAUGCUGGUUGUCAAUUUAGGGCACUCUAUGGAUACGAUACACAGGAUGGAGAGAUGGGUGGUGCUGCUGGUAUGGGAAUCGAUGAUAAGGUUAUCAAGUUGUACGGGACUGGACCUAAGGUGGUCGAUGAUAAGAUGUUUGAUAAGUUUUUCAAAUACAAUUCCGGUGGCAAAUGUUUCUCUCAAGUGCACACGAAGCAUUUAACAGUAACAAUAGACGCCUUCACGAUUCACAAUUCCCUUUGGCAGGGCAAAAAGGUCAAUUUGCCCAACAAACGCGACAUGACGCUCGUCAUCUGAUCACAUCGAAUGGCAAAUGGAAAUUUGGUGGAAUUUAGAGUCACUGGUAAAUGUACCAUAUUAUAUACAUCUACACUACUACACGUACAGAUAGAUAAAUUAUUUUUUUUAUUAUGGAUUUUCUUAAACGAUUAUGUGUCAAAGUAAUUAUAGUUGGGGACGACAUAGGGAAAA